AUGCAAACUAAAAAGACAUUCGUUUCUGCCACUUUGGCUGCUACAGCUUUAGCUGCUUACGUUCCAUCUGAACCAUGGUCUACUUUGACACCAUCUGCUACUUUGAGUGGUGGUAUCACCAAUUAUGCUACCUCUUUCGGUAUUGCUGUCGAACCAAUUACCACAUCUGUCUCUGUCGCCAAGAGAGAUGUUGUUUCUCAAAUUGGUGAUGGUCAAAUCCAAGCUACCACCAAGACUGCUGCUGCUGCCGUUUCUCAAAUCGGUGAUGGUCAAAUCCAAGCUACCACCAAGACUACUGCCGCUGCUGUUUCUCAAAUCGGUGAUGGUCAAAUCCAAGCUACUACUAAGGCUACCGCCGCUGCCAUUUCUCAAAUCGGUGAUGGCCAAAUCCAAGCUACUACCAAGACUACAGCUGCUGCCGUUUCUCAAAUCGGUGACGGUCAAAUCCAAGCUACCACCAAGACUACCGCCGCUGCCGUUUCUCAAAUCGGUGAUGGUCAAAUCCAAGCUACUACCAAGACUACAGCUGCUGCCGUUUCUCAAAUCGGUGACGGUCAAAUCCAAGCCACCACCAAGACUGCUGCUGCUGCUGUCUCUCAAAUCGGUGAUGGUCAAAUUCAAGCUACCACCAAGACUACUGCCGCUGCCGUUUCUCAAAUCGGUGAUGGUCAAGUUCAAGCUACCACCAAAUCUUCAGCUGCUGCUGUCUCACAAAUUGCUGAUGGUCAAGCUCAAGCUACCAGUGCUACCGCUGCUGGUGCCGCUGCCGCUGCUACAUCUGCUGCCCAAACAUCUGUCAAUGAUCCAAUUACUGCCCAAUCCUGUAAAUCUGACACCACUUUAGCUUUAUUGUUGAAGGAUGGUAUCUUAACCGAUGCUAAGGGUAGAAUUGGUUCUAUCGUUGCCAACAGACAAUUCCAAUUCGAUGGUCCACCACCACAAGCCGGUGCCAUCUACGCUGCCGGUUGGUCUAUUUCCUCAGACGGUUACUUGGCUUUAGGUAACAGCGAUGUCUUCUACCAAUGUUUGUCUGGUAACUUCUACAACUUGUACGAUCAAUCUAUUGGUGCUCAAUGUACUCCAGUUCACUUACAAGCUAUUGAUUUGGUUAACUGUUAG